AUGAAUCCUUUGAAAUUGGUAAAGAGAUGGAGUUGGGGCUCUACCAAGGGGUCUGAAGAGAAAGAAGAGGCCUUUGACCCGAAAGUGCAUCUCGAUUACACACCACCUUCAAAGAAAAUCACACUGGAAGACUUACUUUUGAAGCAAAGUCCAACUGCAUCCCCAAUUGCAGGAACAGUGCCAUUUCCCCUGUUGUCAUCCGAAGGAGUGAGAGCCUAUCGAAGGGCGUUGUUUCAAAAAGAUGUCAUUGAUAAAUGUGCAAGCUCCCCAUUCCCAGGAACGUUGGUCCUUCGCGAUGCAGUCAAGCAGUCAAAGUUUAUCAAUGACUUUUGGACGCAUCCCGAGACUAUGAGGAUAGUCUCCGAAGCAGUCGACGUGCCUUUGGAGAUUGUGAUGCCCACCGAAAUAGGACACACCAACAUUCAAGUUGAGGGGACUACCAUCCCUGAAAUGGCUAGUAAUCUCAAAGUUGAGCCAUCGCUGGAAAAAGUUGAGUUGAGUGCCGAAGACCGAGCAUAUGAUCCGUUGAAAGAUGCUAGUGCUAUCAUUCCGUGGCAUUACGACUCGUAUCCUUACGUGUGCGUCAUGAUGUUGAGUGAAACAGAGGGGAUGAUUGGAGGAGAGACUUAUAUUAAGAAAGGUGAUGGAGAAUCUCAAAAGGUCGAGGGACCUCAAAUCGGUCAUGCAGUGAUGCUCCAAGGCGGCGAAGUUCGACACUUAGCUGCUCGCGCAAAGGGCGUAAAAGAACGCAUAUCUACCAUCACUUCAUACCGAUCGAAGAUGCCGAAUAUCUACGACUCCAGCUACAUGACGAAUGUUCGACCAUAUGCGGAUAUGAACACCAUGUAUCCCGAAUGGACCAACUAUCGUCUGCGAAAAUUAAGAGACGAGCUUACCCACUAUCUGGAGAGGGCAGAGAAAGAACAAAACAACACCCAAGCAACAGAGGAAGUGCAAGACCUUAUAAACAAUCAGAUUGAAUAUCUGCAACGAACUUCCCGACAGAUGGUCGACCCUGAAUACUCGCAACGGCUUGUCAAAGAAUAUGGAAAGCCCGCAUACUAUGAUGCGCCCAGGAUUUGGCAAACCGUUCGAACCUUGCCAAGCUUUGAAGAACUCGCGGCUUCUACAGACGACGAGCGAAAGUGGAGUCCGGAUAGUGGGUAUUGGAUGGACUUGCAGAAAUCGAUGGAGACAAUUCGUCUGGGCAAGCCUCUUCAAAGUGUUCUUGGAACCGGUGUAUGGGAUCAAACGAAAAGGUAUUACAUGGGGGAUGAGCUUUUACGACAAGGACUCAAUGAGGUUUUCCUGGACUGGCUGGGAUGUACAGGAUUGUGGAAGGUAUAUGGCAAACUUUAA